UGUAAUGAUGUCAUAUGGUAUUAAACCGACCCAAUUUCGAGGGGCGUCGGCUCUACCGACGAAAACGAAAGUGUAAUAACACUCCCUCGAGGCAAAUCAACACAAUAUAAAAACCUCCCGACGAAAAAUUGAUCACAAACACACAACAUGUCCCUCAAAUUGGUAAUCCUUGCUGGCGUUUUGGUGUGCGCUAAAGCCGGUCUUCUGCCGGCCCCCGCUGUCUCUUAUGCAGCCCCCACGAUCACCUCCCAACACUCCAACACCUUCCGCAGUUUUGCCAACCUGGGCCAAGUCUCCACCUACUCCAAGACCAUCGACACCCCCUUUUCCAGCGUGAGCAAAGCUGACGUUAGAGUCUCGAAUCCGGGAGUGCAAUUCGCCGCCCCCGUUGCCCACUACGCCGCCGCCCCCGUUGCUCACUACGCCGCCGCCCCUGCCAUCGGCGUGGCCUAUUCCGCCGCCCCCGCUGUCUCGCACGUGACCUACAGCGGGCUGGGUUUCAGCUACGGAUGGUAAUUUCCCCCCCCAAACAACAUUUUUAUUUAUUUUUGUAUUUAUUUGUGAAUAAAAAAUGAUUUUUAAAUGAAA